CCCAGGGGAUCCCCGGCGGUUAAGGCAGCCCCUGGCGUAGGACCGUGGCCGGGCGGGGGGCGUGGGCGCCCGGCGGCUCUGGCCUGGGUCCCUGCGAUCCGGGGGCCCGGCUCCUCCACCGCCCGCGGCUCAGCGCGGAGACUCCCGGACUCUCCCGGCUCCACCUUAAGCGCCCCCCUCCCUUUCUGCAGAGGACCCAACGGCCAGCUCCCGGCCCCAGGUGUCCCGGCCACCCCGCCCCCGGGGCCCGCGCGGCUGGGAGCUGGCACCAGCCCCAGCGACCCCCAUCCUCCCCCCUGCGCACCCCCCAGCCCGGUGCUGUGAGAUCGCCCCUCCCCAAGAAAAAAAUUAAAUAACACUCGGAGAGAGAAGGGAGGGCGGAGGAGGAGGGAGGAAGCGCCGGGAGAAGAGAGACUAGGAACAGAGAGAAGAGGCAGGAGAGGAGGAGGCGGGGAGGGAGCGCGAAGCUGGAGACCGACCGAGAGGGGAGCGGGAGGAGGUGAGGAAGGCGAGAAGCGGGAGGCGAGAGGCAGCAGCGGAGAGGGAGAGGGAGGAGGCGAGGAGCUGGAUGCAGGCGAGGAGUUAGGUGGCUUGGGGGAGCUGAUGAAAGAAACGGAGAGGGGGUGUGGAUUCGAAACCAAGAGGGAGCCCUGGGGCCAGCAGAGGCAGACCGGAGGAUCAGGAGGUGGAGGGAGAGUGGAGGGCUGGGGCAGGAGAGGGCGGAGAGAGGAGCGCAGGGAAGGGAGAGGAGCGGGCCAGGGGUCCAAGUCCCUGGCUUUUGGGGAGCGAGGCUCCCAGUGGGGAGGGGAGGAAGACUGAAGUCCUGGAGGAACAAAAUCUCCGAGAGGGGAGGGAGGAGCUGAGAGGGGCAGGGCCGCGGGAAGGGGUCGCUCCGAGGCCUCCGGGGGGAUGGGGGGUGCAGCGCGACUGAGCGCCCCGCGAGCGCUGGUACUCUGGGCUGCACUGGGGGCGGCAGCUCACAUCGGACCAGCGCCUGACCCCGAGGACUGGUGGAGCUACAAGGAUAAUCUCCAGGGAAACUUCGUGCCAGGGCCUCCCUUCUGGGGCCUUGUGAACGCAGCCUGGAGUCUGUGUGCUGUGGGGAAGCGGCAGAGCCCCGUGGAUGUGGAGUUGAAGAGGGUCCUUUAUGACCCCUUUCUGCCCCCACUAAGGCUCAGCACUGGGGGAGAGAAGCUCCGGGGAACCCUGUACAACACUGGCCGCCAUGUCUCCUUCCUGCCUGCGCCCCGGCCUGUAGUCAAUGUGUCUGGGGGUCCCCUCCUUUACAGUCACCGACUCAGUGAACUGCGACUGCUGUUUGGAGCUCGAGAUGGAGCAGGUUCUGAACACCAGAUCAACCAUCAGGGCUUCUCUGCUGAGGUGCAGCUCAUUCACUUCAAUCAGGAACUCUAUGGGAAUCUCAGUGCAGCCUCCAAGGGCCCCAAUGGCCUGGCCAUUCUCAGUCUCUUUGUCAAUGUGGCAGGGAGCUCAAAUCCAUUCCUCAGUCGCCUCCUCAACCGGGACACCAUCACCCGCAUCUCCUACAAGAAUGAUGCCUACUUUCUUCAAGACCUGAGCCUGGAGCUCCUGUUCCCGGAGUCCUUUGGCUUCAUCACCUACCAGGGCUCUCUCAGCACCCCACCCUGCUCUGAGACUGUCACCUGGAUCCUCAUUGACCGGGCCCUCAAUAUCACCUCCCUACAGAUGCACUCCCUGAGACUCCUGAGCCAGAACCCUCCGUCCCAGAUCUUCCAGAGCCUCAGCGGGAACGGCAGGCCCCUGCAGCCCUUGGCCCACAGGGCCUUGAGGGGCAACAGGGACCCCCGGCACCCUGAGAGGCGCUGCCGAGGCCCCAACUACCGCCUGCAUGUGGAUGGUGCCCCCCAUGGUCGCUGAGACUCCCCAUCGAAGACUGCGUCCGGCCGUUCCAAACCUCCCUAAGAGGGGAGGCGAGUUACCCCAAAACAAUUCUAUUAAAGGGACAGAAUACUUCCUGUUU